UAGCAACUGUCUUCCCUGUACACCGAAAAGGUCUGUCUGCUCGAUUAGCUCGGCCAUCUGAAGGAUUCCCUGUCGUUGGCUUUAGGUCGGUAUGGCUGCAACAGAAGGUGUGGAUAGUGUUUCGACGAGCGUUGUGUCCCGACGGGAAACAUACGAUAGUAAAUGCAUAUUUUGUAAAAUUGUGGCCCAGGAGAUCAACACCGAAUUGUUGUAUCUUGAUGAAGAAUUGGUGUGUUUUAAAGACAUCAAGCCAGGAGCCCCUUAUCACUUUUUGGUUGUCCCAGCUGACCAUGUAGGUAACUGUAAGACACUCACACGUGAACACAUACCAUUAGUGAAAAAAAUGGUGGAAGUUGGAAAAAAGAUGCUGCACCAGAACAAUGUUACUGAUCCUAAUGAUAUCAGGUUGGGUUUCCACUGGCCCCCAUUCUGCUCUGUAGCUCAUUUGCAUCUCCAUGUUUUAGCUCCUGUGAGCCAGAUGGGAUUCAUGUCCAGAUUGUUUUAUAGAAUAAACUCUUAUUGGUUUGUCACAGCUGAUCAGCUCAUAGAAAAGCUAAAUGCUCUUCCUGAUGAAAUCAGAUAAAAUGAAAUUGAAAGAUAUCGGAGCCUGUUUGGAUUUCAACAGCAGUGCUUUUAGAGAGUUUGUGGUCAUCUUGAACUUGACCAUUACUGUACACAAGAGUCCAUUUUCAUUUCCAUUUUUACAUUUGCAAAUAAUAAAGAAUAAUCUCCAGAUUAAGAGUUUCAAAAUAUGGCCAUUCAGCAUUGUAAUCUCUGUCUUACUGGCAUGUUCUGAUACAGUAGACAUGCUCACUUUAUGGCAGCUCUCACUGCAAUUAUAUAAACAAGUUGGAGAAAUAAUUGAAAUUUAUAAGUAGCUCUCACUUAUUGUCACAUAAAUAUAUUAAGAUGUUCAUCAGAAAGUUUUGGGCAAACAAUGUGGUGUUUCAAAUACUCAAUGACUUUAGACAUAAGCAGUCAUUUUCAUUGGACAUUGAUUUUGUUUAUAGACUGGAUUUGUCAGUGAAUAAUUGCUUGGUUUGACCUGUGAAUCCAGUGCUUAUUAUGACUGUCAAGGAAGUGUUCUGUGAACAUCUGUAAGGAUGCAGUUGAUUCAAGUAUUGACUAAAUUUUGAGAUUAUAGUUUUGGUCCUUAGUAAUUUUGAUAUUUUGUAUAAAUGAGUAAUUUUAUCAGUUCUGUAUAUUAAUUUAUUAAAUAUUUUGAGGAGCUAAUGUUUGGCUAAUUAUGCAAAUUAAGAACUUUUAAAUACAGUAUACUAUUGUAAUUUGAAUUAUUUAUAUUUGUAAAUAAUGUAAUAACAAUCUCUCUAAAUGUGUAAUUUUAACUAACUGUAUUCAGACUCUCUCUAUCAAAAUGGGUGUAUAAAACAGUAUGCUGUAUAUUCUGUGCAUGAAACCAUUAUAAUGAGCUUGUGAUAAUAAAAAAUUAUGUUUAUAUAGUAUGUUGGCAAGCAGUAAUGCCAAUGAAAAUAGUGUUAGAGCACUAUGUCAUGCAUAAUUCUGAUGUUUUACAUUGGGAGAAAAAUGCAGAUGUCUUAUAUUAAAUGAUGUAACAGAGUAUGUGUGUGUUUUGUUUUACACUUUUUUUUGGUAAUAUGGCUAAAUUGCAAUGCUAUAUAGUCUCAAUUAUAGAAGCAACAUGUGUUUUACUUGGUUUAUGAUUUACAAUCUAUUUAUCUAGUCCAUGGCAGACCUCUAACCAGUAGUUUGAACUUCUUGAAAUGUUUAAGUUUUCAUGCUUGGUGGACAGAUUCUCUAUAUAAAGCUCAAGCAAACAACGCUAUUCUGUGAAAUUGACCCAUUUUUGCUACUCACAUUUGUGGGUGUACUGACCAUGCAGCCUUCCUGUUUACUAUUUGUGUGACCAAUAA